AUGGCUAACGGAGUGAUUAUAGCGGCCACGGAAUGGCUACCCAAACUCGGAUACCGAAAGCGUGCUCAUCUUAUCACACCAAUGGUUGCAGGCCUAAGCGGAGGCAAAAUGAGCUCUAGUGUUGAAGAUAGCAAGAUUGAUCUCCUCGACCCGCCCGAGGCAGUCUCCAAGAAGAUCCGUAAAUCGGAAGCGUUACCUCGAGUCGUUGAGAACAACGGCAUCAUUGCUAUGGUAGAGUUCGUCUUACUACCGGCAGCCGACCUCGCCGGCAAGAAGGAGUUCCGCGUGGAACGCCGAGAUGACGAACCCCUUAUUUACACCGAUAUCCAAAAACUGAAAGACGACUACACGAACGACAUUUUAACUCCCCAGCUUCUAAAGCCUGCAGCAGCAGAAGCCUUGACCCGUCUCAUGGCACCUAUUCACAAAGCCUACGUCGAGUCGGCGGAAUGGCAGGAAAUCACCCUCAAGGCUUACCCGCCUCCGGUUGUGAAGAAGAAGGAAAAGAAGGUCAAGGACAAGGGUACCCGCCAUCCUGGAGCUAACAAGGAGCAGGACCUCCCAGAGCGUCCCAAGGCUUAA